AUGGGCGAUUUAAACAUGAUCGCGUGUGACUCCACUGGACCUACCAGUGUGCAGAAUUUCUACAAGGAUUCAGUUGUUCUAAUCACUGGCGGAACCGGAUUUAUCGGAAAAGUUUUAAUCGAAAAGUUGCUAAGGUGCUUCGAGGUGAAGAAAAUCUAUCUCUUACUUCGAGGGAAGAAGAACGUAAAAGCACAAGACCGCCUGAAGGAAAUUCUUCGAGAACCGAUCUUUCACGUUACUAGAAACAAUAAUCCUACGGCAGCUAGUUUCUUCUCGAAAGUGGUCGCAAUCGACACAAAUUUCGAGCAGGACGAAAUAAUCAGUGAAGAUGAUCGCGAAGUGCUGCUCGCUGAGGUUACGGUAGUGUUUAACGUGAUGGCGUCGGUCAAAUUUAAUGAACACAUCGAAUCCGCGUUGGACACAAACGUAAAUUGUUCGCAAAAGCUUUUCGAUAUGGUCGCCAAAAUGUCCCAGGUCCGCUCGAUCAUUCACGUGUCCACGUUUUAUUCAAAUUGCGAUCGAUCACACAUAGAAGAGCAAAUAUUCGACGAUAUUCCCUUCGGCGGGUAUGACAACAUCCUUCAAAUAUUUAGUCACCUCAAGGAACAUGAAAAGGAUCAACUUACACCGUUUAUCUUGGGAAGGAUGCCAAAUAGUUACACUUUUAGUAAAAAGUGCGCCGAAGUGAUGAUUCAAAAGCGGUAUUCCCACCUUCCGAUCGCAAUUUUCCGACCACCGGUCGUGAUAUCCGCUUACCAGGAACCGAUUCCCGGUUGGGUGGAUAACUUCAACGGAGUGGCCGGAAUGUGUAUUCCGCUGACGCAAGGUAAACUGUACUGUGCGCGAGGCGAACCAGGAUUUCUUAGCCACUCGGUUCCGGUGGAUUACUGCGUGGCAGCGAUGCUAGCGGUCGGUGCGGAAUCACGAAACCAGCGUUCUGCGGAUCGGCCUACCACUCUCGGCGUGUACAAUUAUGCCACCGACGCGAACAACAUUCGAUGGGGAGAGUACGGCCGACGGGCAGCAACCGGAUGUGAAACGCAGCUGGGAAGGUUUUUCGGUCGUUUCGCCCUUGAAGUGACCACUUCACGCAUCCGAAGACAGCUAUUCAUCUGGUGGUUCAUCUUUCAAGCCAUCGUAGCUGAUCUACUGUUGAUGAUUGCCGGAAAGAAACAAAGAAAUCUUCGUAUGGUGAAACGAGUGCUGGCCCUAGAGGAAGCAGCCUGCUUUUUCGCGCUGAACCAAUGGACGGUGCAGAACGAUAACAUGCGUCGAGUUCUGGGUGAAUUAACCGAGGAGGAUCGUAAACUGCUGGAGUUCGACAUCGACAAACUGGACUGGAAGGAUUACUUCAGACAUUUUGUACCCGGUAUAAAAGCAGCACUUGCCCGGUGUGCUCUGCGGCGGGGGAAGGAAUGUGGUUAG